GUUUAGGGUUAUUGUAUGAACAAUACAUCUGACAUUGGUGCCUUGGACAUCUCACUAGAAACAUCUAUAUAAAUAGCUUGUUUUGGUUUCUUGAUGCCAAACCAUCCAAACAUUAUUACACAAAAAAAAUAGAGUUAAGUAAAGAUUUUUCUUUUUGCUUUCCGUGCAUAUGGAAUCCUCAUUAUUCUCUAUUGAAACUCUGGUUAAGAAGAUCAAAGAAGAGAUGUUCACAAACUUUGAUCUUUACUCAUUUGUUUCCAAAUCUGCUUAUGACACAGCAUGGUUAGCCAUGAUUCCAAGCACUCAACACUGUGAUCAUCCCAUGUUUAAGGGUUGCUUGGAUUGGAUACUAAACAACCAGAAAGAAGAAGGGUUUUGGGGAGAGCUCGAUAGCAAUGGUGUUCCCACUAUUGAUAGCCUUCCUGCAACUCUUGCUUGCAUGGUUGCACUGAAAAUGUGGAAUGUUGGAGAUACAAAUAUAAAGAAAGGUCAAACAUGAGUUACACCUUCCAUGGAUAGCUAGAAUGGAUCAUCUUGAUCAUAGGUUUUGGAUUGAAGCAAAUAACGCCGAUUCUCUUUGGGUUGCAAAAGCCUCCUUAUACAGGUUAUCAUGUCUUCAUAAUGACAAGCUAAUGAAACUAGCUGUGGAAAACUACAAGUUUCGACAAUCAAUCUACCAGAAUGAAUUGGAGGAAGUGAAAAGGUGGUCAAAGGAUUGGUGCCUCAGUGACAUGGGGUUUGGAAGGGAAAAAACAACUUAUUGUUACUUUGCCGUGGCGGUCAGCAAUAACUUGCCAUACGAUUCUAUUAUCCGAUUAAUUGUUGCAAAAAGUGCAAUACUUAUAACAGUUGCUGAUGACUUUUUUGACAUGAAAGGUUCUCUAAAAGAAUUGAAACACUUGACAGAGGCAGUUCAAAGGUGGGAUGGAAAUGGUUUAAGUGGCCAUGGUAAGAUUAUCUUUGAUGCUCUUGAAGACCUUGUGAGUGACAUUGGUAAUAAGCACCUCCAUCAACAAGGAAGCGACAUAACCAAAAAUCUUAAAGAUAUUUGGCGGGAAACAUUUGCCUCAUGGUUUGUGGAGGCUACAUGGAGCAACAAUGGAUACAUACCAUCCAUGUACGAAUACCUUGACAUUGGUGCAAUAUCAGUCGCCACACACACAAUAGUUUUGCCUGCUUCAUGCUUCUUAAACCCGAAAUUACCAAAUCAUAAACUCAAAUGUUCCCAAUAUGAAACCAUCACAAAAUUGCUCAUGGUUACAACACGAUUGUUGAACGACGUUCAAAGUUUUCAGAAGGAGCAACUAGAUGGGAAAACAAACCUUGUUUUGAUCCACUUCAAAGGUUAUCCACAGUCAGAGAUUGAAGAUUCAAUUGCUUAUGUUAAAGAGAUAUUGGAAGAAAAGAAGAGAGAGUUACUUGAACAUGCUUUGAUGGAUGAUAGAUUCAAUGAUUUGCCUAAACUAUGCAAGCUUCUCCACUUAUCAUGUCUAAAAGUGUUUCAGAUGUUUUUCAACUCUUCCAAUCUAUUCGACUCCAACACAGAACUACUCGAUGAUGUAAAGAAAGCAAUUUAUAUUCCUCCAGAAUAUCAAAUUAAUAAACCCCUGAAGCCUAUACUUCCAUUUCCUUCCAAAUCGGAGAAGAAGAAUUCGAAAGUCCUGGCUCGUUUUAUCGAAAACUUCAAAUAUCAACACUUCACAAGGAUUCCUUCAAGAGUUGGGUUUGAGAAAGUGGUCAUUCCACCAAAAUUCAAGUUGUGCUUUGUAUGAAUUUGUCCAGUAUUGAACUUCAGUCCUAUCUAAGUUAUUAUUACAUUAUUCAAUGGUAGGUGUAAUAAUCUUUUUAUUAAUUUAAAAUAAUUAUAUAUUUAUAUUUA